CCCUUCUGCAUUACGCGUAGAAAUUCAACGCCCUCCAUCAUCAUAGACUCUCUCUCUCUAAAAAACUCGUUCUUGUCUUUGUUGAUCUCCCCUCUACCCCAGUCACAUUGAUUCUCUGAAAACCCAUUGAUCCACACCACACCAGUUUAACAGAGACCCAACCCUCUUUCCAAGCUGAGUUUCUCUCAAGGAGGGAAUCAAAUUACCAGAAAAAGGACUCUACUGAUAUAACUACUAUACAUUUUCUCAUAUUAUAUUACGUUACAUAUAUAUCGCUUUUGGUCAUUCUUUUAUGUGGGGUUGGUUCUUCUUGUGAUGGGCUUUUAAGAGUGUUUGCUAAAGAAGAGAAAAGGCUGUGCUUUUCUUCUUCUUGAUGGGUUUCGAGUGAUUCGUGUGAUACUGAGACGUGGGUCUCUCUCUCUUAAUUAUUUUGGAGGGUUUGUUUGUGUCUGUGAGAGUGAGUGAUUAAUUGUAUUGGGGUUUGAUGGAUACCAAAGGACGACUCGUUGCGGGUUCACACAACAGAAAUGAGUUUGUUCUAAUCAAUGCUGAUGAGAUUGGACGAGUUACAUCUGUAAAGGAAUUGAGUGGGCAGAUUUGCCAGAUUUGUGGAGAUGAGAUCGAAAUUACAGCGGAUGGGGAGCCUUUUGUUGCCUGCAACGAAUGCGCAUUCCCUGUUUGCAGACCUUGCUAUGAGUAUGAAAGAAGAGAGGGCAAUCAGGCUUGCCCUCAAUGCAAAACUAGAUACAAGCGCAUCAAAGGGAGUCCCAGAGUUGAAGGUGAUGAAGAAGAGGAUGAAUUUGAUGAUUUGGACAAUGAAUUUGACCAGAGGGAACCUCAACAUAUCAUGGAGGCGGUGCUCACUUCUCGCCUUAAUACUGGCCGUGGCGCCCAAGUCAGUGCUUCCAGGGUUACUACGCCAUCGGAGAUGGAUUCCUCUUCCAUCAGUCCAGAUAUCCCUCUUCUGACCUAUGGCGAAGAGGAUGCUGGCAUUUCUUCCGACAAGCAUGCUCUUAUAAUUCCUCCGUUCAUGGGUUGCGGGAAGCGAGUGCAUCCUGUGCCAUAUCCUGAUUCCUCAAUGUCAUUGCCACCUAGGCCAAUGGAUCCUAAGAAAGACUUAGCAGUAUAUGGGUAUGGUAGUGUUGCAUGGAAGGACCGAAUGGAGGAGUGGAAAAAAAGGCAGGGUGAUAAACUUCAAAUGGUUAAGCACCAAGGAGAAAAUGGUGGUGGGAACAAUGAUGGAGAUGUUUUGGAUGAUCCCGAUUUACCUACGAUGGAUGAAGGCAGGCAGCCGCUUUCGAGGAAGUUACCAAUUCCUUCAAGCAAAAUAAACCCGUACAGAUUGAUCAUUCUUCUCCGACUUGUGAUUCUUGGAUUCUUUUUUCACUAUAGGAUUCUCCAUCCAGUCCAUGAUGCUUAUGGAUUGUGGCUUACAUCAAUUGUUUGUGAAAUAUGGUUUGCUGUAUCAUGGAUCUUCGAUCAGUUUCCUAAAUGGUUCCCAAUUGAGCGAGAAACAUACCUAGAUAGACUAUCACUGAGGUAUGAGAAAGAAGGGAAGUCAUCUGAGUUGGCUAGCAUUGACAUAUUUGUAAGUACAGUUGAUCCUUUGAAAGAGCCUCCACUUAUCACUGCAAACACGGUCCUCUCGAUCCUCGCCGUGGAUUAUCCAGUCGACAAGGUUUCAUGCUAUGUCUCAGAUGAUGGUGCUGCCAUGCUGACUUUUGAAGCCCUCUCUGAGACAUCUGAGUUUGCAAGGAAGUGGGUCCCAUUCUGCAAGAAGUUUAACAUUGAGCCCCGGGCACCAGAAUGGUAUUUUGCUCAGAAGGUUGACUAUCUGAAAGACAAAGUACAUCCGACGUUUGUGAGGGAUCGUCGUUCAAUGAAGAGGGAAUAUGAAGAGUUUAAAGUGCGGAUAAAUGGAUUAGUUGCUAUGGCACAAAAGGUUCCUGAGGAAGGUUGGACAAUGCAGGAUGGGACUCCAUGGCCAGGGAACAAUGUCAGGGAUCAUCCUGGAAUGAUCCAGGUAUUUCUAGGUCAUAAUGGUGUCCGUGACAUUGAAGGAAAUGAAUUACCUCGUCUCAUAUAUGUUUCUCGUGAGAAGAGACUUGGGUUUGAUCACCACAAAAAGGCUGGAGCCAUGAAUGCUCUGGUGCGGGUCUCGGCAGUCAUCUCAAAUGCUCCUUACCUACUCAAUGUUGAUUGUGAUCACUAUAUAAACAAUAGUAAGGCACUUCGGGAAGCUAUGUGCUUCAUGAUGGAUCUCACCUCGGGGAAAAAAAUAUGCUAUGUGCAGUUUCCCCAAAGGUUUGAUGGGAUUGACCGUCAUGAUAGAUACUCAAAUCGCAAUGUUGUAUUCUUUGAUAUCAAUAUGAAAGGACUGGAUGGGAUCCAAGGACCGAUUUAUGUUGGAACUGGAUGUGUCUUCAGGAGGCAAGCACUCUAUGGAUUUGAUGCCCCCAUAAAAAAGAAACCCCCAGGGAAGACAUGCAAUUGUUGGCCUAAGUGGUGCUGCUGCUUUUGUGGGUCUAGAAAUAAAAAUAGGAAAGGGAAGUCAAAGGAGAAAAAGAAGACGACAAAGAGGAGGGAGGCUUCAACACAGAUACAUGCACUUGAAAAUAUUGAGGAAGGUAUCGAAGGAAUAGAUAAUGAAAGGUCAUCUCUCAUGCCCCAGAUAAAGUUUGAGAAAAAAUAUGGGCAGUCGCCAGUUUUCAUUGCUUCAACACUUCUCGAAGAAGGUGGAGUUCCACCGGGAGCAACUUCUGCAUCGCUAUUGAAAGAAGCCAUUCAUGUUAUCAGUUGUGGUUACGAAGAUAAAACGGAAUGGGGGAAAGAGGUCGGAUGGAUAUAUGGUUCUGUUACUGAGGAUAUAUUAACUGGGUUCAAGAUGCACUGCCAUGGCUGGCGAUCAGUGUACUGUAUGCCCAAAAGGCCUGCAUUUAAGGGAUCGGCCCCCAUAAAUCUUUCGGAUCGUCUGCACCAAGUUCUCCGGUGGGCCUUGGGAUCUGUUGAGAUUUUCUUGAGCAGGCACUGUCCAAUAUGGUAUGGAUAUGGGUGUGGUUUGAAACCGCUGGAGCGAUUUUCGUAUAUAAACUCAGUUGUUUAUCCAUUGACAUCCCUUCCUUUGGUUGUUUAUUGUACCCUGCCAGCUGUAUGUCUCCUUACUGGGGAGUUCAUUGUCCCCGAGAUUAGCAACUAUGCCAGUAUAGUCUUCAUGGCCCUCUUCAUAUCAAUUGCUGCAACAAGUGUCUUGGAGAUGCAGUGGGGAGGUGUUGGCAUAGACGACUGGUGGAGAAAUGAACAGUUCUGGGUGAUUGGUGGUGUCUCAUCGCACCUUUUUGCCCUCUUCCAAGGCCUUCUUAAAGUUUUGGCAGGAGUCAACACAGCUUUCACUGUAACGUCCAAAGGAGGAGAUGAUGGGGAGUUUUCCGAGCUGUACCUCUUUAAGUGGACGUCUUUGCUAAUCCCUCCCAUGACUCUGUUGAUUAUAAACAUAAUUGGGGUCAUGGUUGGUGUAUCAGAUGCCAUCAAUAACGGAUACGAAACAUGGGGCCCACUAUUUGGCAAGCUAUUCUUCGCUUUCUGGGUCAUCGUCCAUCUUUAUCCCUUCCUGAAAGGACUAAUGGGGAAACAGGAUAGUGUUCCUACCAUAAUUGUGGUAUGGUCAAUUCUUCUGGCUUCAAUUUUCUCACUUUUAUGGGUUCGAAUCAACCCAUUCUUGUCAAGAGGUGGUAUUGUAUUAGAAGUUUGUGGUCUAGAUUGUGAUUAAGAUACAUAUUAGAAAUUUUUGAUGGUUUGAGUUAUAUGUAGAAAGAUUGUUUGGGAGUUACAGAGGAGGGCUGCAUCUUGAGGUGAAGCUGAAGACUACUUGAAAAUGCUACGAUCAUUGAUAAAAGUCAAUUAGUAUAAAUGAGUUGGAAGGGAAUUCUUGAUUGGUUGUGUAAAUAAAAAAAAGGAGUGGGACUUGACAUAUUGAUAUUUGUUUUGCAAAUUCUCGUUGAUUUUUUUGGUACAUUUGGUUUUUGGGUUUUGUUUGGAAGGGAUGGAAUUUAGAGAAUCUGUCUGUAAUCCCCACAAGACCAAAAAGUUAGUUUUCUUCAGAAUUUAUAUAAUACCACCCUUCUCAAUAAGGGAUAUCAAGCAA